CAAUUUCAACUCUGUGGGGCAUUUAAUAAUGGCCAUAGCCAGAAUCUAAAGUUGCACUGCCUAAACAUAUAUGGGAUAUGGGAAAUUACGUUACUCCACUCCUGUACACUCUUACAUCUAAAAACACCGAAUAUCACAACGUGGGGCUUUUCAGCUUGCCCAUGUUAGAGAACCUUUAUAAUGUCAGGUUUAAUGUCUAUAAUAGUUGUAGAAGUUCUGUUCAGGAACAUCAGGUCGUCCAUCUACAUCAAUGCGUUUUCCUGUACAUUUUAAAAUCAGCUCACUUGUGCCACCACUUGUGCCACCAAAAGUCUAAAACUUACAUUAAUGGCACCUAAACAUGUCAUAGUAAAUGUAUAUAAUAGGUAAAUGUAUUAUAAUUUGUGAAUAUGAUAGCGGGACCUUUCUUCUCUCAGGUUUACUGAGGAUCUGACCCCACAAAGCCUAUUCUCAAUGGUCCAGCGCAAACCCAGUGGCAUGCCUCUGUGAUCCUGCAACCACCACUGACCUACCCAUCAUGAACAACACUAGCGUCCCAGCAACAGACUGUCCUGAAGUUUGGAUUCCUAUUGAGAUCUUCCUGACCAUCGGGGUUGUGAGCCUGAGUGAAAAUCUUCUGGUCGUGGUGGCUGUGAUUCGCAAUAAAAACCUGCACUCACCCAUGUACUGGUUCAUCUGUAGCCUGGCAGCCUUCAACACCAUCUCCAGCCUCUCUAAGACCUGCGAGAACAUAAUGUUGGUGUUUAGAGACGCCGGACACCUUAACUCCCAGGGCUCCUCCGAGCUGAAGAUAGACUACAUGAUGGACACUCUGCUGUGCAUGUCGUUUCUGGGCUCGCUCUUCAGUUUCUUAGCGAUUGCAGUGGACCGCUACAUCACAAUAUUCCACGCGCUCCGCUACCACGCCCUCAUGACCAAUCGCCAUGCAGCAGCCAUCUUGUGCGCGAUCUGGGCCCUGUGCGCCAUCAGCGGCGCGCUCAUGAUUGGAUUCUUUGAGGCCGCGGUGGUGAAGGUGUUCUUCAUUGCUGUCUUCUUCACAGCCCUGUUCCUCAUCCUCCUGCUGUAUGUGCACAUGUUCCUGCUAGCACGGCAUCAUGCUAGCAGGAUUGUGUCCCUGCCAGGCGGUUCAGCACGCCACAGGAGGAGCAGCCUGAGGGGGGCACUCACGCUCACCAUCCUGUUCGGCGUGUUCGUGGCCUGCUGGGCUCCCUUCUUCCUCCACCUGUUGAUUAUAAUGGCGUGUCCGGAAAACCCAUACUGCGAGUGUUAUCGCUCUCUGUUCCACCUGCACGUGGUGUUGCUCAUGAGUCAUGCAGUUAUUGACCCAGCCAUUUAUGCCUUUCGCAGUGCUGAGUUACGUAACACCUUCAGGAAAAUGUUCUUCUGCUCUUCAGGGGCUCAGAUCUCUGUCCAAGGUACAUGUGAAUGUGGAAUUUUGGAUGUAUUUCAAAGAUAGAUCUAUCUUUGAGGCACGUCAGUGCAAUAUGUUAACCAUUACCCGAAGCAAUCAUUUCACAGACCCCUCACUAAAACAUUUAUUUAAUGACUAUGGGUCAUGACUACAUACAGUCUUUGGUAAUGUCAUAUUUUACAAAUUUAAUCAGUGGUCUCUGAAGUGGCAACACUAACCAUUUCCAUUUCUGUAACAUCACACAAUUAUGUUUUGUUCACAGUAUAGCACAGAGAAAAUACACUGAAUAAACUAGUUCUACCUAAUCAAAUACAUUCAGAAAUGCACACAAAAAUCCUAACAAUUCUACAAUAAAUGUAGAAAAAUUCUCAAUAAUCUUAUAAACUAUCAAGAAUGUUUUAGGUAUGUAUAUUAAAACUAUGAUUAUGCAUCAGAAUGGCAGAAGACAAAUGGAUAGAGAUAUAUAUGUGUAGGCCUAAUAAAUUUGUCCUUGAAAUCCAAAAGUGCAUUAAAGUGUUUUGUCAUUUCAUAACAACUACACAAUUAUAUAUACACAUAUAACAGUAGAAUAAUAUAACAUGGUAAAGCAAUGCAGUCCAAUUUCAAUUUCAACUUCCAGGCAAUAUCGCCACAUAGACAUGCUGUACCCCUGUCCACCGCAAUCAUACAUAAUAUUUUAGGAAGGAGAAAUUAGGUGUCACAGUGCUCGAGCAACACACCCACGGUCACAAACACACACACACACACACACACACACACACACACACACACUUGAUUAUUGAUUGCUCCUAGUUCCUGCAUGCAUUGGAAAACUGCUGCUCUUCCGUGCCACUAUGCCUGAGAACCGCUGCCAGUGGCAUCAACUUAAUUUCCUUCUCUCUGUUCUGCGUGCCUCGAUCCCUCCCUUCCGAAGUCACAUUGAGUUGCAUCCAAUCCAUUCAGUCCUUGGUGGCGUUGCGGGUGAAGUGGAUUUGCAACUCACGGUUAAAUCAUAAUGUGACAUAAAUCUCCACGAUUGCACAUAUGCACUACAAAAUGACGAGAGAAGAGGGCAUGCUACCCUUUAAACAUGCAUGUUCUUCAUAUGCACUUAAAAAGAAAUUUUCACAUUUCUACAUAAAUAAAGAAAAAUAGGUCCCAUCAUAGUGUACACAGCAGUAUAAUUAUAUUAGCCAUACAUCAUAUUAUGAAUGUCAGGGUGCACACAUAUCUAACAAAACUCUCCACAAAUGUGAAUGAAACCAAAUUUCCAUUGUUUAAAUUCAUUUUAUAACGCUGUUGGCCCGAGUGCCGCACCGUCUCUGCACGGUGAACGAUGUUUAACAUCAAACGCAGACAACAUAGGUGGUCCUCAUAUAAGAUAUCUACGGUGAACAUGAUUAGACAUUAACACUGAACGAAGCACACAUACGCAUUAAUGGUGAGUACACAGACUAACGUGACGGCUACAGUGAUCCACUUUAACACAAAAGUACCGACAUAGCUACAAUGACCAACAAGGGUGCACAC